AUGUCUGAUACCAAUAGCAACAGGCAUCUUGGCGGUCGUCAAAGUGAUGAGCCUUCGCACGAUGCUGGUGGUCAUGUUACGCGCCCAGUUGUGGCUGAUAGCCGUUCGCAACCGCCAGUUGGCGAUGUUAUCUCUACACUACCGGUUGCUGCUGGUGAUGUAUGUGAAUAUGUUGCAUCGCUGUCGGAGGUGGUGCGUGCGAACAACGGUCUCAUACGCUAUUUUAGUCUGAUGCGCGAAGGCGAUGAUCGUGCUCCCGAUGCGCAUUUGGCUGUUAUUAUGAAGAAUAUUUCGUUUAUUUUGCCCAUAAUGGCACUUCGCCUGCUGGUGGAUACAAUCGAACGCUACUUUCGUUAUUACGCCGAUCGCGUCGCACAAAUUGGUCAACGAGAAGGCAUGGUAUAUCAUUGGGGUGUAAAGAACGGAGUACGCAGCUCCUUCAGUCACCUCGGUUUCGAUCUCGGCGAUACUUGUUCGUCGCGUUUCCUGACGCCGCCUGCACGUAGUGCUCUCUCCCAUGCGCGUUUCAUCGCUACUAGUCGUGGUCUCCUGCUUCUCCUCCCUCCUCCCCUGUGGCUGCCUCUGCCCACCUCUUUCCCUGCUCCCACUUUCCCUGUCUCCUCCGCUGUGGCCUUGUCUCCUGUGGCUGUGUCUUCCGUCGCCGUGUCUUUCGUGACCAUUCCCGCUUCCACUACCGCUUCCGCUCCCGUUUCGGUGCCGGUGUCUUCUCCCGCUGGUGCUCCUUUCGCUCAGCCGUCAAAGGACGAACAUCAACAGCAACAACAUUUCUUCUACGAAGAAACCGAAUAA